UUUCCCUCCCCCCCACCGAGUACCGCAGUUCCUUCCCCUCCAUCGCUUCGAGAAAACGGUGCGGCGCUGAUCCUUCCCCAAGCUCUGAAGGGGGGGGGAGAGAGGGGAGGAGGCGAGGGCGGCUGGGCGCGUGGCAGGAACAGCGGCAUCCGCAGCGCCAGCGAGGGCAGCGGCGGCGGGAUGAGCUCGGUGAGCUGCGGCAACGGGAAACUCCGACAGUGGCUGAUCGAACAGAUUGACAGCGGCAAGUACCCGGGCCUGGUGUGGGAGAACGACGAGAAGAGCAUCUUUCGCAUUCCCUGGAAGCACGCGGGCAAACAAGACUACAACCGCGAUGAGGACGCAGCUCUUUUCAAGGCUUGGGCUCUAUUUAAAGGAAAGUUCAGAGAAGGCAUUGAUAAGCCAGACCCUCCCACUUGGAAGACAAGGCUGCGAUGUGCUUUGAACAAGAGCAAUGACUUUGAAGAACUGGUUGAAAGAAGCCAGCUGGAUAUAUCAGACCCUUAUAAAGUGUACAGAAUAGUUCCAGAAGGUGCAAAAAAAGGAGCAAAACAGCUUAGCAUGGAAGAUCCACAAAUGAUUAUGAAUAAUCCUUACACCAUGAAUUCAUCAUACCCUCCACUACAGUCUCAGGUGCCAAGUUACAUGAUGUCUCAUGACCGUAACUGGAGAGACUAUAUAGAAGAGCAGUCACACCCUGAUAUCUCCUACCAGUGUGCAAGUGUUCCUUUUGCAGCUCGUAAUCAUCAUUGGCAAAGUACAGUGUGUCAGAAUGGUUGUCAGGUGACUGGAACCUUUUACGCUUGUGCACACCCUGAGGCACAGACUCCUGGGAUCCCAACAGAGCCAAGCAUAAGGUCUGGUGAAGCUCUUCCAUUGUCAGAUUGUCGAUUACGUAUCUGUCUAUAUUACUAUGAAACUCUUGUAAAAGAAGUCACAACAUCAAGUACUGAGGGCUGUAGAAUAUCUCAUGGACAAAGUUAUGAAGUCAGCAGGCUGGAUGAAGUUCUUUUCCCUUAUCCGGAAGAUCAUAAUCAGAGGAAAAUAACUGAAAAAUCCCUAAGCCAUCUAGAAGGGGGAGUGAUACUCUGGAUGACAUCUGAUGGACUAUACGCUAAGAGACUUUGUCAAAGCAGGAUCUACUGGGAUGGGCCUCUGGCAUUUUGCAAUGACAGACCUAACAAACUGGAAAGAGAGCAGACAUGCAAACUUUUUGAUACUCAGCAAUUUUUAUCAGAACUACAAGCAUUUGCUCACCAUGGGCGGCCAUUGCCUAGAUUCCAAAUUGUGUUGUGUUUUGGAGAAGAGUUUCCAGAUCCACAAAGGCAGAGAAAAAUUACAGCCCAUGUUGAGCCAAUGUUUGCAAGGCAGCUAUAUUACUUUGCACAGCAAAACACUGGACCUUUUCUAAGAGGCUAUGAUAUAUCAGAACAAGUCACCAGUUCAGAAGAUUACCACCGAUCUAUCCCUCAUUCCUCUGUUCAAGAGUAAGCAUAUGAAAAUUGGUGCCUGAAGCACAAUUUUGGAAGUUAUGAAUAAUAUGUGAAUCACUGGAUCACAGUUACAGGAUAUAAAUCAGUGCUUUCACCCAGGAAAUGAAGAAGAACAAAAUCAUUCAAAGAAUGGAUAUCGGCAAGCCUAAAAAUAUUUUACAGUGGACACAUGGCCUCUUCCCUCCAUCUUUUGGAUUGCUUUACCUCAGAUUCUGCUGCUGGGGUUAGGUGUGAAAACUGACAAAAUAUUUGAUAUGUUUACAUGUUCUUAAAUGAGGGCAGUGUCUUGUAGAUGACUUGAACUUAUUUCAGACUCUUAAUUAUUUAUUUGAUUAGAAAUCUCAGGGCAGGAAUUUUUAGACUGAAGCAACAGUUUACUAUGAUACAAGAUGGCACUCAAAAAUAUGUUAUUCUUUGAAGUGGAAUUAUUUUGUGAUUUUUAUAAAAGUAUGCUAUUUUUUAGAAGUCUACACAGUUUUUCAAGAAAGUUGCAGUGUGUAAGUUUUUUUAAAAGUAAUAUAAUUCCUGACAUUCUCAUAAUUUUCAAAUUUUAUAUUGUUACUGUUUGGAGCACAUUCUGCACAAUCCAUCAGGAGUAUUCUUAGGAUAAAUAUUUUAUUAUCAUACUAUGUUAUUUAUAUCAUUAUUUCAUUUUUAUAAAGUUUAUGUUAAGCUCAGUAAGCAAUAAAAUCUCCCUAACAAUCACUGGAUUUGUAGUGCAAUCCUAUACAUGUCUACUCAGAUGUAAGCCCCAUUCAGUUCAGUGGUACUUACUCCCAGGUACAUAUGUAUAGUAUUGCAGACACAGGCAUCUUAAAAAAAACCCACCCAAACACAUAUUUGCACAGAAUUUAGGGCAAAUCCGUGUAGACUAAUAUCCACACCAACUGAGAACUCCCUUACAAGUGCACGGCAGUUUAAUUUGUGCCAUCUAAGUACUGAAAACAGUGUUUGAACUAAUUCUCAGUUGACUUUAUUGUCACAAUUAUUUCUUUUGAGUGAUAAUGUUGAGAGACAUGGGCCUUAAUUCAGCACAGAGUUAAGUAUACCAGUUACUGAAGGGUAGUUAGUUACCUAAGUAACUAUGUGACCUUGAGUGAUUUCUGUCACUGUUUUAUUCUUACAAUAAAGGAAGGACUGUAAUUUCAGGUUACUGUGUUGCUUAUUGCUUGGUCAGACAUAUUCAUAUGUAGUGUAGGGGAAAAGCUGUAGUUACCGGAAGAAGUAUCAAAGCGGAAUUCUGAAUGAAUCAUAGGAAAUAGUCAUCAUGAUCCCAUCCUUCCUUAAAACUAGUUGUGUCUUUCUUUUCUGUACUGAAGUAUAUUCCGCUCUCCAGUUAAAAGGGUAUUCAACUUGAAUUUCUAAUCAGGGACAAAUUGUAUAUUUUUAUACAAUUGGCAGGAGACUCAUGUUCUAAAUCUCCCUGAAUUUAUACAUCUUAAAGAUGCAUACUGCCAUGGGAUAUAGUAUCCAUUUUCUGCCCCUGCUAACAAGCCAGUCCAUAGUCUGGCACAUUUUUCUUGAUAUAUUUAGGCUGCAAUCCUUAACACACUCAAUAGAGAGUAAGUUCCACUGACAUAGGGGGACUUACGUCUGAGUAAACAUGCAUAUGAUUGCACUAUUCAUUUUCUUUAAUUUGAAAAAAGAAUUGAUAGGCCCUAUGUAGCUGUUCUGUUAUUUUCAUGUAUGUACAUAUAUAGUGUUGAUGCAUUCUGCAAACAAGCACAAUUUCUUUUUGUAUGUGGCUUUUCUUGUGCUUGCAGCCCAGUUUCUUCUGGUUGGUUUUAUCAAACAGUGAUAAAACAGAAGAUUUGUAAUUCUAAUAUGAAGGUCAGCUUGUAUUUAGUUCUUAAAGGUUUGAUGACUACACUUUUUUCUCAUAAGGCAGAGUGUGAAAUUUAUUUGAAUAGCACACUGGUUCGAAAUUCAUUACUUGGAAGGCAGUCCUUUGGCUUUGAAUGGAAUAUAUUUUCAAGUGGUGCAAAAAACACUUCAGGUGAGAAUUGUAGAAUAAAUGUAUGUACAUGAAUAUGCUGGUCCAUGCUUAAAAAUACUUCAUAGUGGAUUUGAAUAUUUUUGUUAUCUAAGGUGGCAUACAGGUGUGCAUAACAUGAGGAAUUUUUCUAUAUGUUUCCUCCUACAAAUAAGGAACUUAACCAAUGGCCAUGUGAAUGAAUGCUCAUGCUGUUAAGAGGCCUUUUUUAUUUUAUUUUACAAAAGAGGUGAACUGUCCACUUGAAGGAGAAGGGGUAAGGCAGGCAAGAAACAGGCAAGGCACUUUGCUGUCUAGUACAUCUUUGAAAGGGGUUUUAAAGGCAUGGAAAGCCAGGCCUGAACUGUGGGAGAUAACAUCAGCAACCUUGAUUUUCAAGAUAUGUCUGCAUAGAGCCUAAUAUUCAGUAUAGGCAUUGUAGAGGUUAUUGAGAACCAAUUUGUGUUUUGAAUAUCCAAGGCAGAAGGGAGUGCCUUUUCCUUCUGAUUCUGAUUUGCUAAUUGGUCUUUCAAAAAUAACUUAGUUUCUUAUCCGGAUUCUUGCAUGCAUGUGAUUUUUAGCAUUAGAUGGACGCUCAACAUUAGCUAUUUGUUUUAGGAUUGCCAAUACAUCUUGUGACAGAAGCUCUUGAGUCAAGAUAUGGACAGGAAAAGCUGUGCAGCUGUGAUAGAUGUGCCACAGUUGGCAAUGGAGUUGGGAACUAUAAUCUAUGUAAACUGCUUUGUCCUAAUCCAGACAAAGUAAAACACUUACUAUUCAGUUGGAUAUAGGCGGGCCCUGCUUAUAUGGCAGGUUCCGUUCCGGACCCCUGCUGUAAAGCGGAAAUUGGCGUAAAGCGGAACCCCAUUGAGUAUAAUGGGGCGUGUCACGCAAAAAAUGAUGCGAAAAUGCCGCAAAAUGCCGCAAAAGCGCAAAAUCGGCUUUAAAACGGGGAAUGAAAGCUGCCGCAUUGGCGGAACGCCGGGAAGCGGGGCCCUACUUUAAUUAGGUUCAGUCUAUAUGCUACAUGGAAAUGUAGAUAAAGCCACAACAUUUGUUUAUACUUAAAUGCAAAGGAGCUUUGGAAGGCUGUGAUUUUGAGCCAAGGAAGGGAAAGCAGCCUGCUGAACCCUUCUGCUCCUGGCCAUUUACACUCAAGAGCUCCCUCUCCAGUUGCCCUCCCCUCCCCCACACAGUGUUUCACGUGUGUGCCCUACUCACAUCUGGAACACUUUGGGGAGAAAAGCUAAAAUUGCUGUCAAGAAAGGGUUAAGCAACUCUUUUUCCACUCACCCACCCUUCAUUCAAAUUCUGCUCAUCAAUUUGAUGCUGCUUGUCAAUUUAAAGAGAUAUCAGGGCUUUGUUACAGAGAUUUCUGUGUAAUGUGUAGUUUGCCCUGAAGCAAAAAUGUAAAUCUCUAAAUAAGACUUCAAACUACUUGGGAUUGGUUGUAUCAUGCCUUCUAUAUUGUUUUGAGGUGCAGUAUUUACAAUUUCUAACUACAUUUUCUUUGAACCAAGUUCCACAGAUCCUAAUGAAACUUCAUUUUAAGUACUUGAGUUCACAGAUAAGCUAAGCAUAUUUACUUGUAUUUAAGUUCCACUGUGUUUGGCAAGGUAAAGUCUUCUCCUAGGUAACGUCUUCACUUUACCCUUGAAAUCAACAAGAUUGCUUAACAUUGCCUGGAUCAUAUCCAGGCUGAGCAAUCCAAUUUAUGGGAGGCUGGCAGGAGCAAAGCUGGCGGAGAUGGAGCUGAUGGGAGGGGCCACCACAUCCAGCUGCCACUCAGAGGCCUCUUGGAGGGAAGGGCACCGAUUACGCCGGCAGGGCACAGCAGGAGGAAACAAAAUACAUUUCCUUCCGCCACCCCUUUCCCGGAGUACCAGCUGCCGGGACAGAUUGCUGCAGCAGCUAGCUGAAUGAAACCUGGAUAUCGCAUAGAUCCCCCCCCUUGGCCCUUCCUCCAACAAGUUCCUGGAAUGCCCCUUUUGUAGGCCUUCCACUGGCUUCCUUUAUGCUGGGCUUGGCUUCUCCGGUGGACCUCCAGCUGAUGAGGGGCUUAUGCCGACAUAGACCGGCCGAGCUGGGACCCAGCUGACCCAGCCAGAGGUCUGCCAUAUCCAACUCCCCUCAGCCUUGGGUCAACAGCAGUUAUAAUGUGCCCUUAGUGUAUGAGUUUAUAUGAAACAAAUACUGCACAAGUUUAUAAGACUGGUGAUUGUAGGGCAAUCUAUGGAUUAACUAGAAUCAACCUUGGGCUUUGAAUAGUUUGUGUAGACUGUUUCUGUGCUGAAUGCUGUCUCCUUGCCUCUUAAGACUGCUUUUUAAAAGAUUACUACAAACAGAAUGAUACUCUUUUUGUAUAGCAUCUAAUGCACCAAAUACCAGAAAAUAUAGAAAAGUUUGUGUUUACAUUUUUGUGCAAAGAAAGCAACAAACAAUGUGGAAAUGGUCCAAUAAGAAGCAUAGCAUUGAUUAAGAAGGUGGGUGGACUAUUGAACAGGGUCAGUGUUUAUUAAUAGUCAGAAAACUGGCUUUGUUUUAUUUAUAACCAGUGGGAGUCAGUAUUCUAACUAUUCUAUUACUACCCUCCUUUGUUGCUUACAAGAGAAAAUAAAGCUGGAAAUGUUUGUUAACAAAUAACUAUAG